GGUAGCAUAGGGAGUUCUGCGUCACGUCCGGUCCUGUGGCCUUUCCUCGGUCUGGCCGCUUUCACAGCAUCCUCUGUCUCCCCUCCAGCUACCCCGCGGGCAGAGGGGUGCGGCGCACCCCGGGUCAGACGCCCCUCCUGAGGAUCCUGCAGCCCUUGCCCGAUGCUGGGAGCAUCAGAGAAGAGCAUGGCCUCCAAGCCGCAGGAAGCUGGCGUCCCCCCGGAAUCAGUCACAUUCCAGGAUGUGGCUGUGGAAUUCACUCGGGAGGAGUGGCGAAGCUUAAAUCCAUCUCAGAAAGAGUUAUACAAGGAUGUGAUGCUGGAGAACUAUCGGAACGUGAUCUACCUGGGAUUUGCAGUCUGCAAUCCAGAUGUGAUUGACCAGUUGGAGCGAGGGGAAGUGGCUUGGAUGCCAGAGGGAGGCCACCCAAAACGCACCCCUCCAGGUAGUAAAAAAGUUAUUCAGUACCAGAAAGUUUGUACUUUGGAGAAACGUUAUUGCUGUAAUGACUGUGGGAUGACCUUCCUUGAAUACAAGCAACUUGUCCAGCAUCAGAAAAUCCGUCCUGGAAGAAAAUUUUAUGAAUGUAAUGAAUGUGGGAAGUCCUUCCUGGAGAACUCCAAAUUUAUUGUGCAUCAGAGGAUUCAUACUGGAGAAAAACCUUUUGGAUGCCAAAAAUGUGGGAAGACCUUCCGCCAGAAUUCACAACUUAUCCGACAUCUGAGGAUUCAUACUGGAGAGAAACCUUAUGAAUGUAUUAAAUGUGGGAAGGGCUUCCACCAGAGCUCAGACCUCAUUCGACACCAUAAAAUUCAUAUUGGAGAGAAGUGUUAUAAAUGUAAGAACUGUGAGAAGACUUUCCUUGAGAACUCAGCACUUGUUCGACAUCAAAGAAUUCAUAAAAGAAAGAAACCUUAUGGAUCCAAUGAAGAUGAGAAGACCUUCCAUGAGGGCAAACAAUUUACUGAACCUCAGAGACUCCAUAAAGGAGAAAAACCUUCUGAAUGUAUGGAAUCCAGUGGCAAGGAAUUCAAUCUAAAGAAACAACAUCAGAAAACUCAUACUGGACAGAAACCUUGUGAAUGGAACGAGUGUACAAAGGCCUGUGAGAGCUCAAAAUUCUCCAUAUGUCAGAGAAUUCAACAUACAGAUAAAUCUUAUGAAUGUAAUAAAUGUGAAAAGGUCUUCCACCAAAGACCAGAUCUUAUUCACCAUCAAAAAAUUCAUGUUGGAGAUAAACCUUUUGAGUGUUGUGAAUGUGGGAAGGCCUUCCGCUUGAGGAAACAGCUUAUUCAGCAUCACGUGAUUCACGCUGAAGAGAAACCUUACAAAUGUGACAGAUGUGAGAAGACCUUUGGCCGUAGCGCACAACUUACUCUGCAUCGGAGAAUUCACACUGGAGAGAGACCUUAUGAAUGCAGCGAAUGUGGGAAGUCCUUCAACGAGAGCAAACAGCUUAUUGUACAUCAAAGAAUUCACAGUGGAGAGAAACCUUAUGAGUGUAACAGAUGUGAAAAAGCUUUUCGUCUGAAGACACAACUCACUAGACACCAGAGAAUUCAUACAGGAGAAAAGCCUUAUGAAUGUAAAGAAUGUGGGAAGACUUUCCUGGAGAGCUCAGCACUUAUUCGACAUCAGAGAGUUCAUACUGGAGCAAAACCUUAUGAAUGCAAAAAAUGUGGGAAGGCUUUUCGCCAGAGCUCACAUCUUACUCAGCAUCAGCGAAGCCAUACAGGAGAAAAGCCUUAUGAAUGUAAUGAAUGUGGGAAGGCCUUCAGCGUGAAGACACAACGUACUCGACAUCAGAAAUGUCACGUUAGAGAGAAAUCUGUUAAAUGAAAUUAAUCUAGAAGGUCUUUCCUUAAGAGUUAACAACUCUCAGUCAGAAAAUUCUUAUAUGCAGAGCAGUCAUUCAUGUGGGAUGACUUUCCAUCUGAGGACAUAAAAGCUUACUUUACCUUAGGGCAUUUACGCUGGAGAAAAACCCUACGAAGGUGGCAAGUCCAGCCAAAGCACACAGUUUUCUGGGCAACAAAAUUUAUAGUGGAAAGAAACAUUACCAAUGUAAUAGUUAUGCUAAGAAUUUCUGAGAAAUUAAAAACAAAAUGAGUAGCAGAGUGUUGAGCAGAUUUGUUAGUGUGUUGGAUAUGGGAAGGCUUUCCAAAAGAAUUUUUUAAAACAAAAUUCAGAGGAAAACUUCUUAAAUGUAUUGAAUGUAGGGGUUUUCAACCAGAGUUUAAAAUUUAAUCCACACCAGGGGAUUCACGUUGGAAAGAAAUAUUAUGAAGGUGGGAAGGCCUUCUAGGGUCAACUUUCUUAGCCUCAGAAAGAGGAGAGAUAUUCUUAACAUAAUGAUUAUGAAAAGGCCAUUGAGAGGACAAAGAUCUUAAUGAGUAUCAGAAAAAUUCAUAGUGGAGAGGAAACUUGUCAAUGUAGUGAAUGGGGGAGGACCUUGAUCUGAGUUCAGAACAGAUCCACCAGAAAAUUCACAGUAGAGAAAAAAAAAUAUUCUA